GCGUUCUCCUUUCAUCCUUCUUUCUUCUCUAUUUUUCGCAGCCUCGCUCGUUUCUGCAACCUCGUCCAUCAAUGCGCGUUCCGUGCAUCAGCAGAUAGCGCGCAGUAGCGAGAAUGAAGUCGAAAUGGUCUCGUCUGCUUGGUAUGCAAGUUGGCACGCCAAUGACUUUACCCUCGACGACGUCCCUUGGGACAAGUACACCCACCUGACAUUCGCUUUCAAGGAGUCAACACCAGAUCCCUCGAAUAUCACCAUGUCACUGGACGACUCGUUACUCCUCUACCAGUUCGUUGCAAGAGCACGUCAAAACGAUGUGAAAGCGCUUCUCUCCCUUGGCGGAUGGGCUGGCUCACUUUACUUCUCGACAAACGUCGGUGAUGCGAAGAACCGCACCAAACUUGUCAAUGCCGUAAACGAGCUAGUCACAUUAUAUCAACUGGAUGGAAUUGAUAUUGAUUGGGAGUAUCCAGGCCACCAAGGAAUCGGAUGCAACACAAUCUCACCGAACGACACCGCCAACCUCCUCUCAUUCCUUCAAGAACUCCGAAGUUCACCCUGCGGAUCCAACCUCAUCCUCACAGCCGCAGUCUCACUCACACCCUUCGCCAACGCAACGGAUCUCCCAUCCACUGACGUCAGCGAAUUCGCUAAAGUCCUAGACUACAUCGCAAUCAUGAAUUACGACGUAUGGGGCAGCUGGAGUGCGAGCGUUGGUCCGAACGCACCACUCAACGACACCUGCGCAAGUCCAGAGAAUCAACAAGGUAGCGCCGUUUCCGCAGUCGCCGCAUGGACAGCCGCAGGUAUGCCACCAAGCCAAAUUGCCCUCGGAGUACCUUCGUAUGGGCAUUCUUUCUCCGUCAACGCCUCCUCUGCAUUCAACGGUACCAACUCCAAGACAGAGCUCGCUCCAUACCCAGCUUUCAAUGCAUCCGACUUCCCUGUCGGUGACGCAUGGGACGACCCUCCCGCCGUCGACGCCUGCGGUGUACUCGAAUCUCAAGGCGGAACUCAAGACUUCUGGAACCUCAUUGAUUCCGGUAUGAUUAACAAAGACGGUACACCCACUUCUGACGUUCCCUACCGCUUCGACAAUUGCAGCCAGACGGAGUACGUUUACAACGCAACGGCUAGUGUUAUGAUCAGCUACGACGGUCCAAAAGCAUUCAUUGCGAAGGGUAAUUUCAUCAAGAAUACCGGGUUGAGAGGGUUUGCUAUGUGGGAGGCUGGUGGUGAUAAGGAUGAUAUUUUGCUUGAUGCUAUUCGUAGUGGUGCUGGAUUUGACGACUGCGACGACUGAGUUUAGAAAUGGUAAUAUUAAUAGUGAUGAGAGUUCAUCAGGGGGUUGUAGAUCUUAUCUUUAAUUAGUUU